AUGUCGCAACUCAGGAAAAUUCUCUCCAGCUUGAAGCACACCGAUGUGCUACUACCCGCAGCCAUCGACCUGCUGGACGCACUGGACGAUGUGGCUACCCUCACUUCAGCUGCGCUUUUUCUUCACCCCGCUCUGAGCUCCGUGCUAUCAAUUCUCAGAACUAUGGAGCAAGUCAAAGACGACAAGUGUCGCGGAGAAGCCCUUCAAAACAAGAUAGAUGAGUUGUGCAAUCACAUAGACAAGGUGAGAGCAAGCCCGGAUGCAGGCACAUCUGAAGACCCUUUGAAUGAGGGUUUGGAUGUUUUGGUGACGGCCAUGCAAACUAUCACGAGGGAGAUCAAGGAGAAGGUGAUGAACCGGGGCCGCUUUUGGCGUUUUUUCCGCCAUAGGAGUGUAUCGGGAAUGCUGGACCGGAGCAUCCAGAGACUGGAAAAUGCCUUACAGAUGUUCAAUGUCAUUGCUUUGAUCGCUCUGAAUGAGAAACUCGUGCAGCUGCUCCAGCGUGCUGACGAGUUAGCUCGACUUGUUUCACACCUCAGUCCAGUGCUCAAUGCUCAGCAUAAGACACAGGACAGGUUGCGUAUGCAGGUGCACGAAUGGGUCAAAAACCGACCUCGUAGAAAGAGGGGGCUGGGCUCGCUUCAGGAUCAGCAGACAAGGAGACAAGGAGAAAUGCUUACUGGUCCACCCCUUUAA